AUGAAGAGAAAGUCGGCUUUCCAGGCUUUAAAUAAAGUCAAAAAAAGAUCAGAAUCAUUAGAUCUUUCUCAAACUGACAAGUCUGAUGAUGAAAUCGCCAGCCAGCAAAAUGCAAACCGAGACUCUUCAAUUGAAAACGAAAGCAUAGAAGAUUCUGAAUCACAGCACACCUAUGAAUCCUUGGAAUUGUCGGACAGCGAUAGCUCAAACAAUGAAGACGAAUCCAUACCUUUAAAAUCCACCAUCCAGAUAUCCAACUUUACACCAACUAAAUCAAACAUCAACUAUACAGGCUCCUCCAUCGUCGCCGGCUUGAGACUAGGCGAAUCCUUAGUUUUCCAAGGCCAGUACAUGCUAACUGUCCAAAUGGGAUGCGUUUCUAUUUAUGGUGCAACCUUACAUGUCGGCAGUAAACGAUACAAAGUAUCUGCAUCAGCUGCAACCGCUCUUCCUAGAAUAACGGCGCUUUCGCCAAAGAAAAAGUACCUUGGAAAAGUUAUUGAGACCCCGGAAAAUAGCUUUUUAACCCAGCCACCUGAAGAAAUCUCCACAAUUAUUCUCAUCGAAUCUCUUCACACUGGUCUCGAACAAAUACCUUAUAUCUUGCCCAAAUUUCAAAACCUAUGGGGGCCCCAAUUAUCUUCAAACCCUUCGGAAAUGUUUAGAUCCUUUCAUCCUAUAUACAAUGGACCUCCUUCAACCAAAACCGUCGAAUCUUAUGAAUCUUGGAGGGCAACCGCAAACGAAAUCAUUUCAGACUUUAAAUCUUCUUCUUAUCCUACAGUUGUCUUUGUCACUGGCCCUAAAAAUUCUGGCAAGUCAACUUUUUGCCGAUACUUGCUAAACUAUACAUUAUCUAAUGUGGGUAAAAACUCGGUUCACUUUCUAGAUUGUGAUCCAGGCCAAUCAGAAUACUCUCCACCUGGUACUGUAUACCUGUCAACCCCACAAAACUUUAACUUCUCUUCACCUUUUGCACAUCCCAACUUUGAAGAUGUCAUUGAGUCCUUUUCUUUAGGAUAUAAUUCUCCAAAAGACGUUCCUCUUUUAUAUUCAGCAUGUUUCCAAGCUCUUUUUUCUAUCUACAAGUCUUCCCAAUCCGACAAUGCUUCUUCCAUCUUGAUUGUCAAUACUCCUGGUUGGACAAAGGGCCUAGGUCUGGAGCUUCUGGUUGACAUGAUGAAAAUAAGUCAAUUCACACAUGCAAUUUUUCUUGGUGCUGAUGAUAUUGAAACACUCCAUGACUUUAAUAAUAGAGUGUUGUCAAUUAUAGAUGGAGACGAUCAAUACCAAAAAAUUUAUACCCCAGAAUCAUUUCUUCAAGUAUCAUCAACAAAGUCUUCGGUUCACCAUAGCACUAGACAAUAUACCGCAUCAGAUAUGCGGACUCUUCAGUCCCUGUGUUACUUCUUUUAUAAUUUUCAAACACAUUCAUUUGAUUUUGAAAAGUCAUUCUCUCAACUACCCUUUUUUUCCGUGCCUAUUCUUUCUCCACCUCACUUUGCUGAAAUCAUUGAGAAAAAUGUAAAUGUCACCUCUUCUGGAAAUAAUGAAGAAAUUGAAGAAAUUGAAGAAAUCGAGAUUUCAGAUAAACCAAUUUAUGCUCCUAAGGAACUGCUAUCACUUUACCAAUCUAAUGCCGAUUCCAAGUUCAUAGCUUCUCUUAUUCCAAACUCAAAAAUACAACAUAAAGAAGUUCGACAAAGCGCAAAAAUCUCUGCUUUUGGAAUAAUGGCUGCCGAAGGACUCAACCCAACUGACGUUUCUUUAUGUUUAGAAGGGACUGUUCUUUCGAUUCUUGUUGUUAAAGAAUAUGUCUUUUCGCAACUAUCGCAUUCUCUUAUCCCUGCCCCGGUAGUUUCGAAAAAUGGUAAAACCACAUACCUCCCUUGGAUUCCUCCUAACCAUAUUGCAACCUUCCUAAGUCCGUCUAUAACUCGGUGUUUGGGACUGGCAGUCAUUCGCAGCAUAAAUCCGGCUUCCAAUUCAGUGGUUCUGCAAAGCCCUAUUGACCCUAAGCAUAUCGACGACCUGGAACAUACUAAUGAAAAAAUUGUGUUAUUACGCGGCCGACUAGAUAUGCCAGCUUAUGCACAAUUAGAUUUGUCAAGUCAUUCAAAUUGA